CCUGCCACCACCUUUGCCCACUUGGAUGCCACCACGGUGCUGUCCCGUGCCAUCGCCGAGCUGGGCAUCUACCCAGCUGUGGACCCGCUGGAUUCCACCUCCCGUAUCAUGGACCCCAACAUCGUGGGCCCCGAGCACUACGACGUGGCCCGGGGGGUACAGAAGAUCUUACAGGACUACAAGUCCCUGCAGGACAUCAUCGCCAUCCUGGGCAUGGACGAGCUCUCUGAGGAGGACAAGCUGACGGUGGCCCGGGCUCGCAAGAUCCAGCGCUUCUUGUCACAGCCCUUCCAGGUGGCCGAGGUCUUCACUGGCCACAUGGGCAAACUGGUGCCACUGAAGGAAACCAUCAAGGGCUUCAAGCAGAUCCUGGCAG